CGUGUCGUCACGUGGCCACCGAGCGCGGCGGAUCAGUUGGUUUGGGAGGCAUUUCGGUUAAGAAGCACCGAAUCCGCCGAGAAACAGCGCGAACGAGCGAGAGAAUGACUUAGACGCAGCGCGGCACGGCUUUAUCGAGCGCUCUCAGAUGCAGGACUCGUCCGGAUGUGGACUGGUCCGUAGACGAGGCGAUGGACGCAGCAGAGGGCAUGCUGGGAAGCGCUGGCGGCGUGUCGGUCCGGCUGGAGAACCAGUCGGUCUGGAGCCGCUUCCACGGCCUGGGCACUGAGAUGAUCCUGACGGAGCGGGGCAGACGCAUGUUCCCCUGCUGCCGCUUCCUGCUGACCGGUCUCCGGCCCGGCCUCAGCUACCUCCUGAUCCUGGACAUCGCUCCCGUGGACGACCGGCAGCACCGCUGGACCGGGGAGAGCUGGGAGCCGGACGGCGCCGGAGACGCGCUCCUUCAGAGUCCGGCGGGUCUUACUGGACUCAAGAUAGAUCAUGAGAGAAUCCCCCGCGUGUGCGUCCACCCUGACUCUCCGGCUCCGGGUCAGCGCUGGAUGGACGGACCCGUGUCCUUCUACAAGCUGAAGCUGUCCCACCGGCCCGAGGACCGAGACUCUGCUCUGGUUCUGCGUCCCAUGCGCCGCUAUCAGCCUCGGCUGUGCGUGGUUCCCGUCGGCCCGGAGCCGGACCUUCACGUCUUCACCUUCCCUGAAACGGCCUUCUACACGGUGACCAGCUACCAGAACCCGCUGAUGACCCGGCUCAAGAUCGACUGCAACCCCUUCAUGCUGGCGUUCAGAGAGGACGGGCCCAGCGCUCGCCUCAUUCAGAACAAACUCAAGCUGGCUCUGACCGCCGCUGACCGCCAGAAACACCGCAGCUGGACACACACACAUCAAGGAUCUGAGUCCAGUGAAGAGGGAAGGAAGCCGGUCAGAGAUGACUCGGUCGUUUCCUCGCUAGCCGCCGGCUCCGGGGUCAGCCGCGGGGUCAAGCGCGUGUACCGCCGGGGCUGGAGGAGCGGCGCUAGGAAGGCUAAGGCUAAGUGGUGGACUAACGUGAAGCACAGGUCAGCAGCGGUCAGCAGCGCCUCGGACACGGCGUCCAUGCAGCCGGACCUGGAGCAGGUGGACGGCCUGCUGUUCGUCUCCUUCACUGCCAAGGAGGCGCUGGACCUUCAUGUUGGGAAGAUGAGGAGCUCAACUUCAUCAAGAGCAGAGAAACCAGCUCCUGAAGCAGGCUGGUUCUCUGAGCAGGAGAUGAUCUUACUGCAGCAGCUCCAGCAGAUGAAGAACCGUCAGAUCAUUCAUCCAGCUCUUCAGGAAGUUGGACUGAAACUGAAUCUUCUGGAUCCGACGGCACCCAUAGACCUGCAUUAUCUGGGUGUAGCUUUACCUCUGCCUCCGUCCGUCGUCUCCUCAUCCUCUCGAGACGCUUCAGGCUGUGUCUCUGGGAAGGCGAGGGAUCAGGAUCUGAACAGAAUCAAGGGCUGGAUGGAGAAGUUUCGUUCAAAGAGCUCCACCGACAGCUCCGGUCACUCAGCCUUCUCCUCAGAGCUGCUGGAUGAGUAUCUGGAGGCUGAAGGUCAGAGGAUCACUGAAAGAGCCGCCGUGUUUUCCUCCAGCGCUCCGUCUCCGGUUCUCUAUCAGCUGCCCGUCAAGAGCAGCAGCUACGUGAAGACCCUAGAUAGUGUGCUUCAGACCAAGCGUGACAAGCGCACUAAAGCGUGGCGGUGCGUCAGAAGGACUCCGGAGGCUUCGUCUCACUCGUCCACGGGCAGGCACCGCUGGAAGCACAGCGUCUCUGCAGACGUCCCCCAGCAGCGUCCGGCGCCGUCCAGACGGAGAGGCAGGUACCGGCGGAGGAGACCGACGCUGAGGUUCAACAGAGACGCCGUGGACGGAGCGCAGCCGUCUUCAUCCCCUCCGGAGCAGGCCGUCUCUCUCGGGCAGAGCCCCACUCACAUCAGCUCGGAGAGAGCCGGCUUCGCCCUGAGCUCGCUGCUGACCGCUGCUGAGAGAGCGCGGGAGACGCGGCCGGUCCGGGCGGCACCGUGUGUUAAAGACUUCUGCCGGCUGGGCUGUGUCUGUGAGAGUCUGAAGAGAGGAGCUGCAGGACCCGUUCACUGCAGACGUGUUCAGUGCAUGUUCAGCUGCAGCUGCUUCAGACACAGGAUCAUCCUCGUCCGCUCCAGACGCCUGCAAGCCUUCCCCGUGACUGGUCCCGGGUCAGACGACAGGCCGGAGCCAGCGGUCAGGGUCAGCAGUCUGUGGCAGAGGAGAGCCGGAGAGAUGGACCCCGAGCCGCUCUUCACCCCCAGAGCCUCCAGAGCCCCGCUCCUGAGACGAGGGCCCCGCUGUCAGACCCCCGGGCCCCGGCCACAGGUGCCGGAGGCUGAGAAGGACCCGGUGUAUUUAUACCUGGAGAGUAUGAUGACGUGUGCUCGAGUGAGAGAAUAUAACAGCAACCCUCCUCUACAGGUGCACUUACUGCCUGCUAAGAGAAGUGCUCCAGAACACACGGUCAGUGGUGUGUCUCAGCUGGGUCUCUCUGCGUCUCAGAGUCCAGGCGAGGAGCCCACUAAAGUGCUGGAGAUCAUCUCGGGGUGUAACUGGGAGACGCACCGCUCUCUGGUGCUCAAAGAGCUCUUCCGCUGCGUCAGCAUGAACCUCCUCGCACCGCUCUCCUACAUCGACGUCUACCAGGUGGAGCUGCUCUCCAAAGACCUGAGAAAAGACGAGCGCGGAUCCACGCUGAUCUACAAGGUGUGUGUGUCCCUCGGACAGACGCCGGACAAGACUCGAGAGCCGAGGCGGAGCGGGAAGAAACCUGAAAGGGGCUCUUCCUCUCAGAAAGUCCACAGAGCGAACGGUAAAGAGAGGCAGGACGUCUCAAACACGCCGCCUGAGAAACACUUUCCUCUUCUGUCUCGGGUCGUUCCCGCUGGUCUCCUGAGGGCCGACAAGAAGGAUCCAGUGCGUUCUGGACCCAUAAAGGUGAAUGGGAAGACGUACGCUCAGGCUAAACUGAUCCUGGGCCGGAUGGGAGCGCUGCAUCCAGCCAACCGUCUGGCGGCUUACGUCACCGGCAGAAUAAAACCACUGCCUCCAAACACGAGCCAAGCGCUUUCCAGAGCACUCAAAGAGACGAGGAGUUCAAACUCAAAACACACAGUGAGCCAAGCAAAUCAGAGUAAAGAAGCAUUCAAAAGGCCCAUUCCCCGAUCUCCGGCGAUGCCCAGGGCUCCUAAAAACAUGAGGCGUACUAACCCUGGGCGUGGCUUAAACGUGGUAGCCCCACCCCUCUCCAGCGGCCUGGUCCCGGUAGCUCCGCCUCUCUCCGGCGUGGAGACGGUUCUGCCGGCCUCGUCUCUUCCUCCGGGGCAGCAGGUGGUUCUGCAGCCGGUGGCAGGUAUGAGCGGGGUCAACGUGUGUCAGUUUAACGGUCAGAUGAUCCAGCUGGUGCCCAUCACUGCAGCGGUACCUGUGCAGGUGCAGCCCGGCGGCUCAGGAGGAGCAUCAUCUCAGGGGACCUCGUCCGUGCCAGCGGCUGCUUCACAGAACACUUCGUCUAAACCCCUUCCGUUGAUCGUACCCAGAAUCCACGGCGUUCAAGGAAACGCCGGCUUUACCUUCGGACGCGGCAGCUCCGGGUCCACAGAACGGUUCGCUCGGGAAAGCAGGCAUGUUUUCCUUCAGAAUAUGCCCACCUUCCGCCGAGAGCAAAACCGCGGGCCUCGAGCAGACAGGAAGUACUCCAGAGUCAACAGGAACCGCUUCCACACUGUUACUUCCUGGAGGAUAUAGGUUGAUUAAACUCCCCAUGUUUGUCAGUUCUGCUUCCGUUCCUUCCGUAUGCUCCGAGAAAUCCAGCGAAAACAUCCAAGAGAGAGAAGACCCUGCUCCUGAAGAGUCCCCCGUCUCUGUUAAAACAGAACCAGCUGA